AUGGGGCUGAUUCCUUACUAUUGCAAGGAUCCUGUCUUAUGGGAUCUUGAGCCCUUUAUUGAGAUGAAACUUACAGGAUCGCUCGAAGUUCGCCUCGUCGAAGCAUCUAUACCACCGAGCAUGAAAAUUAAAGCUAUUACUUUACUCCCACUUCGCAGGUCAUUCCAUAAAUAUGUUCCUGCUCGGCUUCAGGCGUCAAUGACUGCGGCGCCGUGUACUAGCUUUGUGAAACACAUGAGAUCAGAGGUCCGGCCCCUUGGUUCUAAGGUUGGUGCUUGGCCAGCUACAAGCUAUAGUCUUGUUUUGGACUUGCAUGAAGAAGCCAGGUUCCCAUUCGUUUUAUGGGCCGAAUCUCUGCCACCUGCCUGUGCUGUACUGCAGUAUUUGGGAGUCCGAGCUUGUAAUUCUCACAUGCAUCUACAGGCAUACUGCAGCAACUAUAAUAGUACAACUGCAAGGUACUCAGUAUUCUCUAGAUCAUCAAGGCAGUCCAGCUAA